GGACUGUGUGAUGCUAUCUGUGUCAUCUGUCAUUCGAGCGAGGUUAGGGAGGUGGAACAUAUAUGUGGUACGUGAGGAAAUGGAAGGUGUGAUAGAUGAAUAGUGAAGAGAAAGGAGGCGACGAAAAGCGAUGACCUGACUUCACGGAAGAAAAGUGAACUAAUAACUGUAUGUGUGGUAGGAUACCAAAUGUCAGGCGGUCCGUACCACCCCUCAGAAAAUCCGGGGUCAGAAGGAGCACCUGGAGAUGGUGCUCUUCAGCCACGCAAUCCACUACUGUGUUUCCUAUGUGAUGACUAUUAUAGUGAGCCAUGUUUGCUUGCUUGUUACCACACCUUCUGUGCAAGAUGUCUAAGAGGGAGAGAUGCAGAUUCAAAAAUAUCGUGCCCAUUAUGUGGGCAACAAACGGUCUUAAAAGAAGGGACAACGCUUCCUCCACCUGAUUACCUUAUGACUCAGCUCAUAGAGCUCUCCAAUGCAGAAAAUCCACCUUGUGCCAACUGUGACAAGAGAGACAAGGCUUCCAUGUACUUUUGUUCCACGUGUGGACAAGCUCUAUGCAAUCACUGCCGUGAAAACACACAUCGUGCUAAAAUGUUUUCUACACAUGAUGUUGUCCACAUGUCAAAAUGCUCAAAGGAAGGACAUAGAAGGUGUGCAGUGCAUGGAGAGCAGUACAUAAUGUUUUCAAACACUCAGAAAAAUAUGUUGUGUGUCAACUGCUUUCGCGACACACCUACCGAAGCUAGACUCCACUGUGUUGAUAUAGACACAGCAUAUUCUCAGGGAUGUAAAAAGUUGGACAGAGCUGUUUUGUCUGUCUGUGAGCUUCAAAACUCUGUACGAGAAGGUCUUCUUAUGUUCAAAAAUUUACUAGAUGAACUGAGGCAUAAUAUGGAGAUGGAGAAGCACACAAUAAAUAGCUUUUGCCAGGGUAUGCAGGAAGCUAUUGCAAAGACCCAUGCAAAUAUGAUAAUGGAGGUACAAAGGCAGUUUGAAACUAAAGAACGGCAAUUUAGAGGACAGCUAAUGAGUUUGGGGACUGUUCUGCCUUUACUUCAACUGCAUCUUCUUCUCUGCUCAUCCUUUUCUUCAUCAGCAAACAAGUAUCAGUUUUUAGAUCUAGCUUAUCCUAUGAUGGACAGGCUAGCCGCAGUAUCACAGCUUAGUCAGCCUCUAAGACCUGUACAGUCAAGUCAGAUACGAACAAAUUAUCGUAAUGAAUUUUCUCAUGCUUUGGAGCCUUGGGUGGGGAAAGGUGCUUCUGGUACACAACAGCAGCAACAUUCACAACACCAAGAAACAUCAGGAGAAGGAGGUGGAGCUUUGUACGAAUCAUCACAACAGCAAGUGCAACAAGGCCAACCCUGUGCUGCAGUGCAUGGCCAAGUACAGGGACAUGCCCACCCUGUCAUGCUUCAUCCUCCUCCUUCUCGAAGGCAGCAUUCAGCAUUGAGGGCUAAGGCACUUGAAGGGGAAGGUCCUUUCUCCAACCACUGUAGGAGUUUUGAUACUCAGAUAAAAGAACUAAGUCAGCAGCUCUGUGGUGUAAAGGAGCGGCUUGGUGAACUUCACAGAGAUGUCACGUUAUUGCGCCGGGCACAUACUCCACCCCUGGCUGCACGAUAUGAGCAUGUUACUAGAGAAUGUUCAUUACUAGAAGAACAGUUAGAAAGGCAUCAAGUUGAACUUGAAAGGCUGAAAAAUGUUUUUGAUACUUUAUGGGAAGAACAACUUUGCCGAAUCCAUGUGGAACAAGAGAUCUUCCAGUCACAGAUGAAUGAUAUUUUAACAUUGCGUUCUGAAGUAAAACACCUGAGUGCAAUUGCUCAUCAGCUGGAACCGUAUGUAAAAUCCCUAGCAACAGCAGAAUGCAUAGGACCUCAAGGAAGCACAGAUCGUGUACAGCCAAGUGGCCCUGAAUCUGGAACACAAGAAACAUCACAUCAUCAACUGCAGUCUCUACUUGAACAUAUCAAUAUGUUACAGAUGGAUGCAGCUAACUCAUACAGAAUCAAUGGCAGUCAGAAAGUUGAAUGUCGGGUCCAUUCAGGGCAAGCAAUGACAUCUCCCACAUCAGAAAAUAUUGUGUACAUGAAAGUUGAUGGGAAAGAAGCACCAGUGCGGGAAACUUCUCGUACUCGAGCAAUGAGAGACGCCCAGCCUCUGGAUGCUACGGCUAAUGCAGUUAUAUUUGCAAGUAGACAGCAGCAACAGCAACAGCAGCACCAACAGCAACUACAACAGCAACAACAGCAGCAGCAUCCAAGUACAGCCCAAGAUUUUCAAGUUGCUGAGACAACAAGGGAUGGCAAGAGAGGUGUUCUCAGCCAGCUUAUUGAAAAAGUUCGCAUUAAGGAAGAUCGCAAAAAGUCGCCAGUGCAAGAAGAGGCUAGGGUGGUGUUAGGAAGAGAAAGGAGUAAAUCUGAUGGAAGAGGCACUAUUUGUGCAACAGACAGUUCUCGGUCAAAGCAAUCAAUGGCUGUGACAGGAGAAGAAAUGAAGCAAGUUACUAGUGCUGCAGUUGGGAAAAUUGGCACAUUCAGAACUGGUAAAAUGGAAUCCUCAUCUUGUCGGUACGGUAGCACUACCUCUCGUGAAGGAUCGUCAAAAGUUGCUUCCUUCUACCAUACUAUAAGUGGGAAAGUCUUAGGUUCAAGGGAUAGUGAUAGAUCUGAUCCUUGUGUAGUUUCUGAACAAUCUCUCAGUUCAAAUCUUCAUACACACCAUCAUUUGCCACCUCCUCCCCCACCAACAUCCUCCAGGAGACCUCAGUCUCACCACGAAGACAUGACAGCACCUGAUUUGAUGGGGACUGCAGCAUGCACGGACGGACGUGAAAGGCUCGACAGUCACUUAAAAGACAAGUUGCACGAUACAAUGGGUCGAGCUACAAUGGUGGGACGUGCCAUUCGCCCAGGAUCAGUUGGUGAUAAAGUAGAGGACAGAGCAGGAAUGGUAAAUGAAGAAAGUGAAUAUCAAAGAAUAUUUGAUGCAACUGCUACAACAUCACCUGUCAGUGAUGGUUCAGUAGGGGGAAGUGUAACAAAGCAAGCUGUAAGAGCUAUGGUGCAUCGUGAACCUAGUGCUGUAGCUAGCACACCGUCAUCACCCCACAGGCAGAGGGGUCAUUUCAGUAAAAUGGUUAGGAUGUACCCAGCAUCUGACACAGAAGAUAAUGUAUUUUAUACUCCAGAGGAACAAACUGGAGAAGAUAAGUCCAAAAAACAGAAUUCUUGUGAAAGUUUGACAUUAAGCACAGUUUCAGUUAAUAGCAGAAGAUCGUCAAUGGAUUUAGGAGAUAGAAAAACAUUAGUUGUAGUCAUUGGAACUAGUAGUAAAGCAACCAAAGCCAGGUUAAUGCAGAAACAAAGAUCAUGGGAAACAUUUCCUCCAAAGAAACGGAGCACUGAAGAGCAAAGAGAGAGCUACAGUAAAUUUUGUAGAGAUCCUGAUGCAUUUAGAGGUGGCUUUGAAUGCAGACCACAGAGUGAUGGGGGAGGCCAGAGUACAGCUGGGACCAGGGGAGAAGGAGGAGCCCUGAAGAAAGCAGACAGCUUUGAGGGCCAUGAAGAAGCAGUAAGAACAUUGGUUGCAGCAGUUCAGGAAACAAGAACACAGCAAAUGCAGCAACAAAGGAAGCAGUCUCAGUCAAAGUCUAGCGGCAACUAAAAUAAAAGUAUUUCAGAAGCUUAUGAAGGAAGGAUCUUAUUUGUCGGUAAGCAGUUUGAAACUUUUGCUAUCUAUAAACAGUGUUCAUGAUUCUGUUA